UUUGCUUUAUCUCGCAUUUUUUUCUUGCUUUUAUAUAUUUUUUGUUUCGACUUUAUUUACAAACUUUUUUCUGUGAAUCUGUCAGCUAAUUUUUAUCUACAAUAUAAUAAAAAUGUUCCGCAACACUCUCGCCCGUGCCUCCACUAUCAAGCACCUUGCACAGAUGCAGCAGAGCCGUAACCUGGCCUGCUCCGUCAUGUACGUCAAAAACCUGCCCCUGGAGUUCGACGAGGCCAGCCUGACGCCCUUCAUUGAGGAGUUCGGCCCGGUCUACCAGACCAACUUUAUGAACAGACGUCCCGAGGACCGGUUCUCCAUUGCUUUGUGAAGUUCUACAGCGGUGAGCUCCCCUCGACUGUCGAGGAGCUGGCUGAGCUGCCCGCACCUACCCCUGAGGAGGUUGCCGAUGUCAACAAGCGUUGCUCAG